AUGUCCGGAGCCAAUGCUCUGUCGUUGCCUGCUUCCAUCUCCUCACAACUACCCCGCAAUGAGGCUUGCGAGUCAGCCCUUCGGCUCGCAUGGAAGCUCCUGGAACGACCGAUCUUCAACCACUCCCUCCGCGUGUAUCUGAUAGCCAAACACCUCGCCGAAAAGGAAGACUCCCCAUUCGCGUUUGAGCCACGACUGGCCCUGCUCUUCGUCUGGGCCAUCCAUCACGAUAUCGGCACGACCGACGCGUACAACGGCGCUGAGCGCUUCGAGAUCUGCGGCGCGGACUGUGCCAAGUCUCAUCUCUUGCAACACGACUACUCCGAGGCCGAGUCACACCAAGUGUGGACGGCAAUUGCGAUCCAUACCUCACCGGGCAUUGCGGAGCGUAUCGACCCUCUAUCUCGGCUGAUUCGUAUUGCAGUCCUCAGCGAUUUUGGAUCCCAACACUAUCGACAAAAGAUGGGGGUCGAGGAGUACUGCAAGGAAAUCGAAAAGAUGCUGCCGAGGCAAGACGUUGAAAAGGCUCUCGGAGAUGCUGUGGUGAAGCAGGCAAAGAAGAUCCCACAUGUAGAUAGCCUCACCUGGCCAACAGAUGAGAAGUUUCCCAAGGCCAGUUGGCCAGGCAUUCUCCUGCGGGCGCAUGCUGAGAAUCCGGACCACACUGGAGUCAACCCUGCUUUCUAG